AUGUCCGAACAUGUGCGAGAUGGAUUGACACAGACGAAAUUGUCUGCUUUCUUUUUGUAUCCAGAGCGGAGAAAACGUUCGGCGGAAAGUAGCCUGCAAGAUGCUUCUCGACGUCAGAUGUCGCGUGACAAUGCCGACACCAACGAAGCCUCGUCUCAGGGAAUAGACAGCCAGGAUAUUUCACGGAAUGACUCCAUAUCUGUUUCAAACGCAUCGAAGCCGGUGCGAAAGCAGUCACUUAAUGAACUGGAAAGACGGCGAAAGCUCGUUCAGACAGCGCAAGAGACAAAACAGCUUCUCCCUGGUAUUUUGAAGACGCUUCCUCACGCACCCCCUAAUGGCUACCUCUACAAACCGCCGAACCCUCCAAAGCUCAACCAUAAGUAUUGUCCUGGAUUCCUCCCAGCAGAAAUCAAAGUCCUGGAUGCCGACACGUUCGACACGGCGAUCAAUCUCGGAAAGUGCGAGCAGUACAUGACUGUGCGAGACAAACGCCCCGUAUGCGUGCUAAAUAUGGCGAAUGCACAUAGUGCCGGUGGAGGCUGGCUCAAUGGAGCUCUGGCCCAGGAGGAGGCUUUAUGCUACCGCAGCAGUCUAAGCUUCACACUGAAGUUGAGAUAUUAUCCACUGCAGGACGAUCAAGCCAUUUACUCUCCAACAGUGGUCAUCAUCAGGGAUAGCCUCCAAAACGGGCAUACUUUGUUGGAUCUCACGAAACCGGAGGAGCUGCCCGUUGUUAGUGUCAUUAGCAUGGCGGCGUUAUGUGUGCCGCCCCUAGAUAAUUCGGGUCCCCGCCCGAAAUAUAGAAAUCCACAGGAUAGGGAAUUGAUGAAGGAGAAGAUGCGGAUUAUCCUGCGGAUUGCAGCUUUCAAUGGACAUCGAAGACUUGUUUUAGGAGCGUUUGGUUGCGGUGCCUUUUUGAAUCCUCGAGAAGAAGUCGCGGAUUGUUGGUCGGAGGUCUUUGCCGAGGCGGAGUUCCAAGGAGGCUGGUGGGAGAGCAUUUGCUUCGCAGUUAUGGACGAUCUAAAAGCAGGCAAGGAUGGGAACGGGAAUUUUGGUGUUUUCUAUCGAAAAUUGAAUGGAACCAUGGUAUAA